AUCACUUUUUUCUCUGAUAUGAAGAGUGGCCUGACAUGUUUCUAAUUCAGAAAUGACAGAAAACAAACAAAAUAUGUGUUACCUAGUCAAAGUAUUGUCUCAAUACUCUUUAAGGCUAGCUGAUAAACCUCUCUUUCUUGAGUUCUACACUGUCUCAUUUUUGCAAAUCCAACCAUUCUGUUACGUCAUCAUUCCAUGAAGGAAUCCCAUGAGAUUGCACUAACCAUUCCCAAAAGUCAAUGUGCGCCUUGCCCUUGUCAAUGGCAGACGUGUACCUUUGAGUUCUGCUCAAAAAUAUCUGUGAAAUCCGCUCUCAUCCGACUCAUCAUUACUGUUUUCAAGUCAAACUUGGCAAGAUGUCAGAAGACACAAGUACUGCAGCGGAUUUAAGCACAUUUUGGAGGAAAUCUCCAAAGGAGAGCCCUCUCAAGCUUCAAAUACGGUAAACACUCGCCCACGUGGCACUACAGGGAAGGAUACAGGGACCAAGGAAGGUCUUCGCUCUGAUUCUAAGGGGAAAAAGAGCACCAAAUUUCUCCUGCUCCUGCAGUGACAAAGCCACUGGCUUCAUCAUCACAAUCACAUCAGCCACUGGGUACUACACCGUCCUCCAACAACCAAGUUCCUAUCUCUGGUCUGAAUGAACUGAAGAUGCUCCAACAGGAGUCCAUUUCUUCUAUGAAUCAGAUGCUUACAAACCUGACAAAAUUGCUAACACAGGCUAUCAGCAAAAAUUCAAACACCACUGGUGUAAAGAGGAAAGCUCAAGAGUGACCUAUCAGACUCAGAAUCUGAAGAUGGUCUGGACAAUGGUGAAAGUGUUGACCUAGACAACUCUGUCCAAAAUUUGCUUGACCUGGGGGAUAAGUCCCAAAAGAAUCCAGCUGAGGGCCAGGAAAAAAGCAAGCACAGGGACAAAGUCCUGGAGGACAUGUCAAAAUUCCUCGAUGAAAAUGACACUGUCAGUGAAAAUGCUGAGGACAGCCUUGCAGAUUUGGUGGAUAAAAUGCUAAAUAAAUAAAUGAAUAAAAGACCCAGCUUAAAAAAUUUAAUAGACCACAAAACUGUAAAAAUCUGAUCAGCACUAAAGUGAACACACAAGUUUGGUCAAAAUUGAGAACUGCUACCAAAACAAGGGACCUAACAAUGCAGAAACUAGAAAAUGUUUUGCUAAAGAGCAUGGUUCCUAUGAUCAGAACUACUGAGACUUUGCUUAAAAGCAGAGAAAAAGCUGAACCCAUCAGCACUGAUGGAGCUAAAGGUCUCCUCCAGUUGCUCCUUGAUGCAAUGACUAUUGUAGGUCAUGCCACUAAAGACUGAAGUAAAUGCUAUCAGAAGGGAUCUGAUUAAACCUGACCUCGACAAACAAUGCAGCCAGCUUUGUAGUAGUCAGAUACCUGUUACAAAGGCCAGAGGGACAAAAACCCUUACAAGAAAAAACGGACCAGCAUCAAGCAGUAGGAAAAACUCAAGAACUACCUUUUCAGAUUCAACCAGGAUGCGUGUUUCGCUUACAGUAUCAAAAGCAGAUAAAAUAGUGAAGUGCUGUAGUUCUAAACUUCUGAUAAGCCCUUUGGCAAGCAUUAGAGAGGUAGCCCAAUUGGUGGGCUUGAUGGUUGCAUACUCCCAUGGGGUAAUGUAUGCCCCACUUUUCUAUUAUGAUCUUGAUAGGGAAAAAACCCAAGCUCUUAAGAUAAACAAAGGUGAUUUUGAUGCCAGCAUGAUCAUAUCUGGCUCAGCAAGAGCUGACCUGAAUUGGUGGAUUGCAAAUGUACACUCGUCAAUCAAUCCUCUAGAUCAUCAUUCCCCUAAUGUCAUUGUAUAUUCAGAUGCAUCUCUGACUGGUUGGGGAGGGGUAUGCAAUGGCAAUACUGCAAGAGGCAUGUGGUCUGACAAUGAGAAAGACCACCACAUUAAUUAUCUAGAGAUAUUUGCCUGUUUUCUCUCUUUAAAGUCACUUUGCUCAACCCAGUCACAUGUCCAUAUUCAAUGCAUGAUUGAUAACACAACAGCCAUAGCUUACAUAAACAAAAUGGGAGGAAAAAUGCAAAAAUGUAAUGAAAUCACUAAACAGUUAUGGCUCUGGUGUAUGGACAGAAAUAUAUGGCUGUCAGCGGCACAUGUUCCAGGGAAAGAGAAUACAGUUGCUGACAGGGAAAGCAGAAUAAGUACAAACUCUGACCUUGAAUGGCAACUAAAUCCCCAGAUUUUUAUUCCAUUGUAUCACAGUGGGGUAAACCCGAGGUGGACUUAUUUGCUUCCAGAAAAAAUCAUCAGAUAAAGCCAUAUGUUUCUUGGAAACCAGACCCUGAUGCCAUUGCCAUAGAUUCUUUUUCUAUGAGCUGGGAAAACCAGGUUAUUUUUAUGUUUCCUCCUUUUGCUUUGAUCUACAGGAUUCUCAAGAAAAUAGAUGACGACAAAACAAAAGGAAUUAUCAUAAUCCCACUCUGGACAACAUAAGUCUGGUUUCCGCGCCACGUAAAGUUGUUAAUCAAGCCUCCCCUUUUAUUGCCUCAGACAAAGAAAACUCUCAUUUUACCAACAUACAAAAUGGCUGCACACCCACUAAUCACCAAGAUGAAGAUGUUAGCUUGUUACUUAUCAGGGAUUCCAUCAGAACCAAGGGAAUUCCAGAGGGGCCUGCAAACAUCAUUCUGUAGUCAUGGAGAGAAGGUACCAGGAAACAGUACUCUGUCUAUUUGUCCAGAUGGAUUUGAUACUGCACUGAAAGGAACAUUGAUCCCCUUAGAGAAAAUCAAUUUGAAGCUCUAGAAUUUCUGACUACCUUGUUUAAUCAAGGUAUUGGCUACAGUGCUAUCAGCACAGCUUGUUUGGCAUUGUCUCAAAUACUUAUCAUGCCAGGGGACACUACAUUAGGAGAACUUCCUCUUGUCAAACAGUUCUUUAAAGGUGUUUUCCAGCUGAGGCCAGCAUUACCAAGGAACAUUGUCACAUGGGACCCUUCCAUUUUACUUUAUUAUUUGAAAACCCUUGAACCUUUGGAAAAAAUUUCUCUAAAAGAUUUAACCCCUAAGCUCACUGCUUUGAUUGCUAUACUCUCAAGUCAAAGACAACAAACUAUCCAUUUCUUGGACAUUCGCAACAUGGAACUUACUCCUUCUAUUGUUAAAAUUACUGUUGGUGAUAAACUCAAGAAUACGAAACCAGGAAAGCAUAUCCAUUAAUUGGAAUUACCAGCUUACCCUCAUGACAUGAGGAUUUGUAUUGUUACCGUUAUGCAAGAAUAUUUACAACGUACUGAAACCCUAAGAGGGAACUGUACUCAUUUGUUAGUUAGUUUUGUCAGACCUUAUGGUCAAGUUAGUAAGAAUACCAUUGCACGUUGGAUAAAGUCAGCAAAGGGAGCUGCUGGAAUCGAUCUCAAGAGGGUCACACCCCACAGCACCUGGUCCAGCUCAACCAGUGCCGCAACCAGGAAGGGGGUUUCUAUAGACACUAUUUGCAAAACUGCUGGUUGGUCCUCCAGCAGAGCCUUUGCAAAGUUCUAUAACAAACCUAUUCGCAAUGCUGGACAACUAGCUCAUAGUAUUCUGUCUUAAGUAAAGUUUGUUUACUUUGCAUAACGCUGUGGAUCACUCACAAAUAAAACUCUAAAGUUCUCAUGGGAUUCCUUCACGGAAUGAUGACGUAACAGAAUUAGAAAGUUAAACAAGACUUACUUGGAAGUUGAAGUUUGACUGAGAUUCUGUGAAGUCUUCAUGAAGUGAAAGGAAUCACAUGCCCACCCAUCUUCUACUGAAGCAAGUUAUACAAUCAAAAUUCCCCCCCCAUGGGGAUUUCUUAUUAUUUGUUUGCAUCCACUUUAAAAAAUUGACUUUUGGGAAUGGUUAGUGCAAUCUCAUGUGAUUCCUUUCACUUCAUGAUGACCACAGAAUCUCAGUCAAACUUCAACUUCCAAGUAAAUCUCGUUUAACUUUCUAAUUUUGACUUUUCUGUGCUAGAGCACUAAUGCAAGAAACAUCAAGUUUAUAAAUUCUUUAUAGUGGUCAAUUUACAUUUAUUUAUUAACUCAGUUGAUAAGUCAAAUUAUCUUUCAAUAUCCACCAUUGAUGUAGCACCACAUUUCUUAGAUACUUGCAGCCUUUGAACAUAAGAUAGUCAAAUUUGUCUGCAACUGAACUUGAAAGUCAUCAGAACAAUUUGUAUAGGAAUUGCUUUAUAAACUAAACCCAGUCUUCUUUCCCAAUAGCAAUGGUAAUUUAGCUUUUUUUAAUACUGGUAAUUAAUGUUUUUCUAUUAUUACUGUACAAAUCUGGGAGGGGCCUCCACCAGCCUCCAUGUAAUAGUAAUCAGGAACAUGAAGGGAGGGCCUCCAUGUAAUGGUAAUCAGGAACAUGAAGGUAAUAAUGGUAUCAAAGACACUGGUAAUUAUGAUGUGAGUUCUGGGAUGCCUCUUAAUGUUCAUGUGCUUGAAU